UGACAUCCGCCAGACCGGUUCAAAAAUGGUAUUCCUAGAACUUUGUAUUAAGUUUCAUUGGAUAGCAUAGCUGUACUUAACACCCUUCUAUACGAAGAGAGACUCAGUCAGGGUUUAGUUUAAAAGUUGAUAGGUUGAGAGCAGAAGAAUCAAAGUUUCUACUUGUAAAAUGAAGACUUCACUCACCAUUUUGGUUGUUAUUAUACUGUUAUCAUACACUUGGCACUGUGAUGGGUCGCCGAUAGAGGGCGUUGACAAGAGUGAUGCAGACUUAGUCCUUGAAAAGGCAGCUCUGUCAGAGAGUCUUAGAGAUUUGUUUUCUGAUAAUCCUGAUUCACCACUGAGCAGAGCAACCGAUUUUAUACGAGAACUGACAGAUAAUAUCCGAUUUUUUGUCGAAAGAGUAGUUGGUGCAGUACAGAAUGCUGUAAGCGGUUUUCGGAACUCUCUUGACGGGGCCAGAAGUGAGCAAAACGCCACUUCUUCGCUCCUUACCCAGGGAAAAAACGCUCCCGUUUACAUUGACAAGAUAAAUGAAUAAUUACGUCAAAUACGCAUAUUUCAUUGAAGUUAAAGCAUUUAUUUGUGAAAAAAUUAAACUCAAAUAACUUUGCAGCAGUACGUGUCCUUUACUUUCUGGAUAGCCUAGUCAUUUUCCUGUGAAUAAAGUAUUAACCAAUAUAAAUUAACAGUUCAUGUUUCUUAUAUUUAUAUAGUCUUCGCUAUUAUAAGAAUAAACAAUUAUCAAAGAAACCUGUAGAGUUUGUUCCAAAAUGACAUUAGAUAGAACAGUUGACAUACGGACCUGUAUAAUUUGUUCCACCCUUUUCCUUCACCCUCACAUUAUUUGCUUUUUUCUCACAAUUUCAGAAGAAAUAUUAAUCAGCCUUUACCGGCAUAGGACAGGUAUUCAGCCAGUAUAAACAUAUUAACAUAUAACUUUAUUAUUAAGUUGCCUCUGUUAUUGCCUUGCUCGUUAGCCAUAUUGUAGAUUAUUAGUUUUUCACUGCAGACUUGUAGUUAUUACUUGUUUGUGUUUAGCGCUUGAUAAUAAAAUAAUACGUAAAAACGCGUAAUAAAUUGAUAGAAGAAACAUUUAAUAAUGCUAGUGAUAUAUCAGUGCUACUAGGCCCUCUGUAAUAGUGAAGUUUUCGGAUGAACGAGAUCAGGUUAACAAGGGAUACUUCAAUAAAAAAGACUGUUUACCACUAGCGUAGACAACUGUAAAUGGAACACCAAUAAUUCAUGUACACAAAUGAAAUGGAUACUAGAGCAUGCAAGAACAUUGUAUACUUUCUAAUCCUUGAUUUAAAUCUAGCUUACAUAAAACAUUUAAAAAAAUUUCAACCAGACAUAUGUAUGUAGUUUUAAUUAUAGAACGUUAUCCAAGGUAGUAGCUAAAUUAUCUUUAUUAUAGUUACCUAAUGAACUGGGCCGUUCACCUAGGUAUCACGUGCAACUUCUUAUGGGAAAAAAAUGCUGUAAAUGAGAAUAUACUAUGUAGAAGUAGACAUUGAUCUUUUCAACUAGCAUGCCAGGUGAUACCUUCAGACCACAACCUAGCUUAAUUUUCUUUGGGAAUGACCAAUAGUGACGUGAGAAGCGCGAGAGACGUGGAUGAGAUUAGUAUUAUUCUUCUGUGCAUAUAAUGCUAUAUUUUAUAAGUCUGGAACAACUCUUCAAACAUAUCUUUCUAAGAGCUUUCAGACCCCAGUUAAGGUUCCGUCCUU